CAGUAAGGAGGACUUUGACAACAGUCGAGUGCAAUCCUCAAUGUCAGCCUCGAGGUGGAACCCGUUCGGAGCAGGACGCAUGCUCAGUACGAGUCUAGGGGCAAUCGUCACGUGGGUGCGGACGUAGAUGGCGCCCGCAUUGGAGCACAUGCGCAUGGUGUGCCGGCGUGUCCCACGCAGGCCGCCGUCUUCCCGCCCGGUUAUUGCCUGUUCCGGGGAUUGGAGAAGCGACCCCACCCACAGCCUAGCCUGAGCGGUAGAGAUGGCGGCGCUCGCAAGAGUCUCCCGGCUGCUUCUCGCCGGCGCCCCCCGGGCCCCGUUGGGACGGCUCAUGUCGGCAGCGGCUCACGGGGAGGCUGGGGCAGCUCAGACAUGGAAGAUCCUGUCUUUUGUGGUUGCUCUUCCUGGUGUUGGUGUAUGCAUGCUGAACUGCUACUUAAAGAUGCAGCAUGAACAUGAAAGAGACGAGUUUGUUCCUUAUGCUCACCUCCGCAUCAGGACCAAGCCCUUCCCAUGGGGAGAUGGGACCAAAACUCUGUUUCACAACCCUCAUGCUAAUGCUCUCCCGACUGGCUAUGAAGAGGAUCACUGAACACUUGGACCACAGCAUCAAUUGCUCUCUCUGGACCAGAUCAUCAUAUGGGACCCUCAGUCUAAAAAAAUAUUCUGCAUUCCUUGUACUGUCAUUAUAAAGGCAUUCUGACCUUUGGCCCUCUACUUGAAGGGGAGGUCACUUAACAUAAAUAAAUCCUAACCUCCCA